AUGCAUGAUCAACCAAAACUGAAACAAAAGGAAACGGAUGAGGUGAAAAAGGCUCGUAAGGAGGAGGAACGAAUCAAGGGCGAGCUUUACGAGGCGCAAAUGGCGAGCUACCACGCCAAAGAAUUCUCCAUAGACGCGCUCGAGAAGAAUCGAAAGCUGCUCCUGGAGAUCCCCGAGGCCUACACCUUUUACAAUUACGAACGCGAAAUACUCGAGCACCUCUUCACACGCGCCGCGGGCGAGCCGGGUGGUCUUCUCAAUCGUGAUGGCGUGAAACAAACCCCUUUGGAUUGGCUUCGCGAGGAAUUAAUUCUUAAUAGCGCGAUUUUGCGAAAGGAUUACAAAAUCUACGCGGCUUUUGUGCAUCGACAUUGGAUUUUUGAUCGUCUGGUGGGGUUUGCCACCGAGGAGGCGGCCUCCGCAGGGGGACGCCAGACCGCCAACGAUCAUCCAUCGGGAGGGGAGAUCCCCUUGGAAGAAAAUCUCGCCGGAGAAACGAUCCGUGAGGGGGAACCCCCCCUUCCGGAGAAGGCAAGGGAGGAACCGAAAACUUCCACCCCCUCGAGCGCCCCCCUUCCCUUCCCUUGUGGGGACGGGCCGUACGCCCGCUUUCUCGUUCACGCCCUGGAGAAGGAAAAGGCGGAGUGUGAGAAGCUGCUUCGCCUGGAUGAGCGAAACUUUCACGCGUGGAAUCACCGCCGGUGGGUGCUCGCGAAGUGCCCGCCCCCCUCAACCGAGGAAACCGAGGGGGGGCUUUUCGCCCCCGCCGAGGCGGCCGAGAUGCGGUUUACCGCCGCCGUGAUCGGGCGAAACUUUUCGAAUUACAGCGCCUGGCAUCAACGCGCGAUCACCCUGCAGGCCGCGCUGCGUCGUCAGGAUCGCGCGGGAGGGCUUUCCCCGGCCGCGCGGGAUCGAUCCCGCGCGAUGGAUGGGGCGCGAUCGCGGGCGCCCACGGGCGAUUCGGAUCCGAUGCCACCCUACCCAUCCUGGCUUCCCCGGCCGUCGUCGUCGUCGUCGUUUUCAUCCGCGCCGCGGGCGAUCCCGGACGGGGUCGCCCGCGAGCUGCUCGACCACCUCUCGCGCGAUUUCGACCUCCUCGUGCAGGCGAUCUACUGCGAUCCGAACGAUCAGGCGGCGUGGUUUUACGCGGCCUUUGUCGGGGGGGUGUUUCACCGUUACGAGCCCGCCCUCCGCGCGACCUCGCGGCGAGCCGCCGCGGCGGAUCCCCUCGACGGCCUCACCCACGCCGCGAUCGACCUCCUCCUGGAGGAACGCCGGCUUGGCGAGGCCGACGCCUGCUGCCUGCCCUAUCACUUCUUACUUUCCCACCUCGCGCGACUUUCGUCCGCGGCCGGUUCCGAGACGAUCGCGACGCGGCUGCGGGGUUACCUCGCGCGUCUUUCGCGAGCGGUCUUUUCUUCCCCCGCCCUCGUCGACGGCGAGGCGGGGGCGGAAACGGAUGCGGCGGCCGCGGAGGGGUUGCAAAGGUGCUUCACCCGGCUCCACGCGCAGCUCGUGCGGGUGGAUCCGCUGCGUAAAGGGAUGUAUGAUGAGCUGCUUUCCAUCGCUUUGAAAUGA